UUAUGCAUAGUUGUUUGCAAGCUUUUUUUUAAUUUCUGUCUAUUCUGCGGAAUUUUUGCACUCGUUACGCUUAUUUGGUAGACUUACAGAUCUACAUAUAUUGUAUAUUGAACAAUACAUCUACAUGGUAGAACCUACUGCAGGUGUUCGUACCGUAAAAAUUAUCGUGGUUUCAAAUAAUCAGUGCAGCCGAUAACAUAUUGUGUAUCUAAUCCGUUGCUUAGUUUGCUUCUUAAAGAUAAAUUAUUACUUUUCCAUAAUCGGCACCAGUUGAGUGUCAAGGGUUUCGGCGCAACAAUCGAUAGCUCCGAGAGUGUAACGGUGCCGAUCGAAUAGUUCAAAUACAAUCCUACGAAAAAAAAACCUAACAUUAAGUGAAAUUAUAAAAAAUGGCUGAACUUCUGCAAAAGUUGAAAGAUGAAUUAAAGCUUAGCCCGGAUUUAGAAGAAAAACUUUCGUCCAUGAUCAAUAACUUUCAGUCACUUGAUAGCACGGAAAAAGCUGAAUUUUUACAAAAUGCUAGAGAAACCUUAAGAGAAUCUUUAACCACAUACCGAGGCGGAAUGACCGCUAUAAAUUUUUGGAGAUUCACUCAAUCCUACAGCUUAUUAAUAACUGCUAUAAUUUUAGUUACUUUUAUUUUGGUAUUCUUUGGAUAUAAGCUCUACAAGAGUCUCGUCGAAAGGGAGCAGAAGAGGGAGAUGAAACGGUUGCAGAGGCAGAUGAAAAAGAAGAAGUGAGACUUCAUGUAAUUCAAACCCGCAAUGUUCGCACAACCUUAGAAAUCACAUUCAAAUUCUAAGCGAUUCAUAUUGUCGAACUAACACCUACUAAACUAAAUUAUCAAAAAUAAUAUUUCAAUCACGUAUCCGAAAGUUCAGAAAAAACCGAAUUUGUCAUGAAACUUACAAAUGUUCAAUAAAUAGAAUAAGCGAGGAUUUUAUUUUUUAAAUAAAUGAUUUAUUAUUUCAUCAUU